AUGACUAAUCCUAAUCUUCUUGAGAGACAGCUCACCCUAGAGUUUUGGGAGGUUAAAUUUCUACCUGUACCGACCUUGGAAACGUGGAAAUCUAUUGAAAACGUAUUUUCGGAAAGAUGGAAUUUCCCAAACUGUAUCGGUGCCAUGGACGGAAAGCUAAUUGUGAUAGAGUUGCCCGGUAACAGAGGUUCCUUAUUCUUCAAUUACAAGAAGACUUUCAGUAUUGUGCUGAUGGCACUUGUGGAUGCCGACUACCGAUUUAUUGCAAUGGAUGUCGGUGCAUACGGUAAAAACAGUGAUGGGGGGAUUUUGGCCAACUGCGCUUUUGGAAAAGCAAUAGAUGAUGGCAGAUUAAGUGUACCACCUGCUAAGCCUCUGCCCGGCACUAAUGUGCCAGUACCUCACGUAAUUGUGGGUGACGAGGCAUUUCCAUUGAAAAAAAAUAUUAUGCGUCCGUAUCCAGGGUCUCAACUCAAAGAUGACGAAGCUAAAAGGAUCUUCAAUUACAGAUUGUCCCGCGCACAAAGAAUAUCCGAAAAUGCAUUCGGAAUUUAA